UUCGCUUAAUUUACUCUGUCUGAUCUUUUUGACUCUGAUGUGUAAUCUGUGAUAAUCUGAAUAAUUUAUUUUAUUUAUUAUCUGUUCUAAGUAUAUGUUGAAAUAAAUUGAGGUUAGAUUAAAAAUAUUUAGCUCUUCGUAAUGGGCGACUCCAAUUACAAUCCUAAAGUUAAUAGCAGUGGACAAGAUCCAGUGUUAAAGCAGGCUGAGCUGGAUUACAUGAAAAUUAUUGAACAGAAAAAUCGCGAGCGUGUUCAAAAGUUGAAACAAAUUUCAAGAAAGAAUAGAAUCACUGGUUUAGCUAUUGGAGCCGGUGUACUCAGUAUUUAUGCGUAUUCGAUCCUGGCUGUUAAACAAGAAACAUUCUUGGACGAUUUCGAAGAACCUACCAAAGUGCAGCAGUAA